AUGGUCAUCUGCCUCUACCGCGAUCAACUUUACCUAGUUGAAUCCGCACUAGAAGGGUCCAAGGUCGCGGUCAAAACCGUGGACAGCGCGAAAGGUUCAGAAAAAUCUGUCGUCAUCGUGUGCGCAACGCGCACCCACAUCAACCCUAAGCGCAAUCUCUCCUUCUUUGCGGAUCCCCAGCGCCUUAACGUCGCUCUCUCCAGGGCUCGCGACGAUCGACAGGGAGCGAUGGAGCGUGCCAAAGCCUGA